CAUUCAUCUAUCCAUCCGUGUUAACAAUCUUUCGUUGCUGCGCUGGCUGCGCGUGCUGUGCCUCGGGAGUAGCAGCGCAGUCGGCGCGGAUGCUUCAACAAUUCCAACGAAGCGCGAAAUUGCAUCUCGGGUGUCAGUGUCUGAGGUUUGGUCGCGGUACAGCUUAUUGUAAUUUAUCCGCAUAGCUGCGUGCUCUGUACAAGCGUACCGGAAAUACGUUUCCCGGCGAUAAGGUUUCUGCACUGAGUGGCAGCUUCAAGUGGAGCCAGCGCAGCUGUUCGUCAGAGCUGGAAUUUGCACCUAGAGUGUUUGCUUUGAUUAUAUCGACCCUCCGGGACGGCAGCGGCUGCGAUGGGAGACUCUUCGCUUUCGGGGUUUCCCCCCGAGGUCCCCCUCACCACCGCACUCACUGACGAAGACACCAAACGGCGAAUCACCAGCCUCCAAUCCUCGUUUGUACGCACAUUCGGCAUUGAGCCCGAAUUCUAUGUGCGAGCUCCAGGCAGAGUGAACCUGAUCGGCGAACACAUAGACUACUGCGGCUACGCUGUCUUGCCCAUGGCGGUCCAGCAAGACAUCCUGGUCGCGUGUCGCCGCAACGAAGUGGCCACGCUGCACCUCAGCAAUGCUGAGCCAAGGUACCCGAGCUUUUCGGUGCCAAUGGAUGCGCUGAAGAUUGAUGACACUGAGCCACGCUGGUACCACUACUACAUGUGCGGCGUCCGCGGGGUGCUCGAGUGCCGCACGGCGUCGAAUGAGCUUGGCACUUCCGUACCGGGCAUGGAUGUCCUGGUGCACGGUAGCGUACCGCCGUCUGCCGGGCUUUCCAGUUCGAGCGCGCUGGUGUGUGCGGCAGCAUUGGCUACGCUGCGAGCCAGUGGGAUGGCAAUGCCAAAGCUGAAGCUGGCUUCAAUGUGUGCAACAUCGGAACGCUUCAUCGGCACACAAGGCGGAGGCAUGGAUCAAGCCAUUGCUUUCCUUGCUGAACAAGGCACUGCCAAGCUGAUUGAGUUCAAUCCCCUCAAGACGACGAGCGUCGCACUUCCCAAAGGCGCUACGUUCGUCGUUGCAAACAGCUGCGUUGAAAUGAACAAGGCGGCAACAUCCCACUACAACGUCCGGGUGGUGGAAUGUCAACUUGCAGCACUGGUUAUCGCCAAGGCCCACAACCUUGAAUGCAAGAAGCGGCCGCGGCUGGGAGACGUCCAGGCGUCUCUCGGGGUACCGCUGCAUGAGAUGUCUUCAGUGGCGAAGCUAGCCCUCCACCCCGCCAGCUACACUCGUGCUGAGCUCUGCAACCUCCUUGACCUGGACCAAGACCAGUUCGAGGCAUCUUUCCUCACCAGGAACACCAAACACCUUCAAGAGUUCAAGCUUUACCAAAGAGCAGUCCACGUCUACGAGGAGGCGAACAGGGUCUGGCGCUUCAAGGAGGUCUGCGACCAGAACGCGAAUCCGGACUCUUUCGAGGGCAGCCUGGUGACACUGGGACAGCUAAUGAAUGAGAGCCACGCAAGCUGCAGGGACCUUUACGAGUGCAGCCACCCGGACCUUGACAGGCUCGUCGACGCCUCACUCCAGGCAGGAGCACUAGGUUCCAGGCUCACUGGAGCGGGGUGGGGAGGAUGCGCAAUUUCCCUGGUGCCUUCCGAAAAAGUUGAUGAGUUCCUGGAUCGAGUCAAGUCUGCCUACUACGACAAGCUCGACGCUGGCAAGGAGGCAGCACUGUUUGUCACUCGGCCCGGCAGUGGAGCCAUGGUUUUCGUUCCCUAGCCUAGUCAAACGGUAUCAACCCUCAGGGUUUCUAAAGGGCAUUCCAGGUUAGUGUCGUGGCACUGCUUUUGCCGCUACAGAACCGCGUUCAUUCCAAAGUGCCACGAGGUGCAAGUUUUGGCAGAGAGCAUCGUUGUGUGCGGCUGCUCGUGGAGACCAAAUGUCACUUUUGCAUUGUUUUCGCAAUGUUACGGGACAGCAGUCUUGCAUUGUUGCGUCUGUGUUCUGUAUUCGGGCGUCCUGCGAUAAUGUUUUCGAAUGUUUGUGUGGCUCUGAAGCAAUAUUGUCGCUAGACUUGUCACAGCCUUCCACGGCCGUCUCUACAACGUGGUGUGCGCAAAGUUCAAACUGUUUUUGUUGUGUUUGCAUGGCAACACGCGUUAAACCAAAAGAAGGUGUUUGCUCAGUGAUUUUUCCAGUCAUAUAGCUCUUAUUGAGCUGGCGUUGUACCAACCAUGCUUUCGGUGCACUGUUUUUUUUUUCCGAAGAUCUCCGUCAUGGAAGUGGGAUUUGAUCUUGUUGAUUUGUUACAAAUCGGUCUGUUUGAACCUAGCAUAAUCACACUGGGCGUUUUGUUUUGGCGGGGUUUUCGAUAUGGCCAUAUUUUGUUGUAGGGACUCUGCAAGAAAUAAAGAUUUUACGACUGAA